ACGGGGUUUCACCAUGUUGGCCAGCCUGGUCGUCUCGAACCUCUGACCUCAAGUGAUCCGCCCGCCUCGGCCUCCCAAAGUGUUGGGAUUACAGGCGUGAGCUACCGCGCCCGGCCUCACAUGUGAAUUUCUUUAAAAACACCACCAGGAAAACCCCACUAUUCCCAUUUUACUGAGAAAGACGCUGAGGUCCAGAGAAAGAGAAAACGUUCUCAUAAUUUAUGCUGAAAGCUGCGUCCUCAAGUUCCGGUUUCCCAACUCCCUUCCGCACUCCAACUGCUCGCGCAGUCCACACAGGAUACCUGCCCGCCAAGCCGGCCUCAGCAAGCCACAGGAAGCCGUCCUCUGAACCUCAGGUUCUUGGGUUUUCCUAUGCCCCCUGGAGGCAUCUGCGAACCUCUCGGCAUCGCUCCACCACACCUCCCACCAGCAGGUGGCACUGUUGCCAUCUCCAUAACAUGGACUGGCCUUCCUUGUGGUGCUCAUGUUUUCUUAAGUCCCGGGGCACUUCCGGCACUCGCGGAACUUUGGUGCAGCCUGAUGCGCAACGUGGGGACUCAGGCGCGCUGGGCGGCAGGAGUUGCUUCCGGCCGUGUUGGUGGUCUGAAUUGAGAGGCCGCGACUAAGGGAAGAUGGAGACAAUACUGGAGCAGCAGCGGCGCUAUCAUGAGGAGAAGGAACGGCUCAUGGACGUCAUGGCUAAAGAGAUGCUCACCAAGAAGUCCACGCUCCGGGACCAGAUCAAUUCUGAUCACCGCACUCGGGCCAUGCAAGAUAGGUAUAUGGAGGUCAGUGGGAACCUGAGGGAUUUGUAUGAUGAUAAGGAUGGAUUACGAAAGGAGGAGCUCAAUGCCAUUUCAGGACCCAAUGAGUUUGCUGAAUUCUAUAACAGACUCAAGCAAAUAAAGGAAUUCCACCGGAAGCACCCAAAUGAGAUCUGUGUGCCAAUGUCAGUGGAAUUUGAGGAACUCCUGAAGGCUCGAGAGAAUCCAAGUGAAGAGGCACAAAACUUGGUGGAGUUCACAGAUGAAGAGGGAUAUGGUCGUUAUCUCGAUCUCCAUGACUGUUACCUCAAGUACAUUAACCUGAAGGCAUCUGAGAAGCUGGAUUAUAUCACAUACCUGUCCAUCUUUGACCAAUUAUUUGACAUUCCUAAAGAAAGGAAGAAUGCAGAGUAUAAGAGAUACCUAGAGAUGCUGCUUGAGUACCUUCAGGAUUACACAGAUAGAGUGAAGCCUCUCCAAGAUCAGAAUGAACUUUUUGGGAAGAUUCAGGCUGAGUUUGAGAAGAAAUGGGAGAAUGGGACCUUUCCUGGAUGGCCGAAAGAGACAAGCAGUGCCCUGACCCAUGCUGGAGCCCAUCUUGACCUCUCUGCAUUCUCCUCCUGGGAGGAGUUGGCCUCUCUGGGUUUGGACAGAUUGAAAUCUGCUCUCUUAGCUUUAGGCUUGAAAUGUGGCGGGACCCUAGAAGAGCGAGCCCAGAGACUAUUCAGUACCAAAGGAAAGUCCCUGGAGUCACUUGAUACCUCUUUGUUUGCCAAAAAUCCCAAGUCAAAGGGCACCAAGCGAGACACUGAAAGGAACAAAGACAUUGCUUUUCUAGAAGCCCAGAUCUAUGAAUACGUAGAGAUUCUCGGGGAACAGCGACAUCUCACUCAUGAAAAUGUACAGCGCAAGCAAGCCAGGACAGGAGAAGAGCGAGAAGAAGAGGAAGAAGAGCAGAUCAGUGAGAGUGAGAGUGAAGAUGAAGAGAACGAGAUCAUUUACAACCCCAAAAACCUGCCACUUGGCUGGGAUGGCAAACCUAUUCCCUACUGGCUGUAUAAGCUUCAUGGCCUAAAUAUCAACUACAACUGUGAGAUUUGUGGAAACUACACCUACCGAGGGCCCAAAGCCUUCCAGCGACACUUUGCUGAAUGGCGUCAUGCUCAUGGCAUGAGGUGUUUGGGCAUCCCAAACACUGCUCACUUUGCUAAUGUGACACAGAUUGAAGAUGCUGUCUCCUUGUGGGCCAAACUGAAAUUGCAGAAGGCUUCAGAACGAUGGCAGCCUGACACUGAGGAAGAAUAUGAAGACUCAAGUGGGAAUGUUGUGAAUAAGAAGACAUACGAGGAUCUGAAAAGACAAGGACUGCUCUAGUGUUCAGGGAUGUAGCUCAGCUUUUGGGCUAGCCCAGGCUUCCCCGAGAUCUGCUUUUUCUAUUUCUCCCAACCAAAUCCUCUUAAAGACCCUCUGCUAUGUAGUCUCAUGGUCUAGCAUGCAUCUUGUAGAAACAAGGCAUGCUGGCAGAUUGCAGGGUUGAGAUGUGUUUUACCUGUUUUCUAUUUUAAAAGAUUCUGCCAGAAAAUAAAACCAGACCUUGUUCUAAA